UCCGCCUCCCAGGAGGGUGAGAAGGGCCGGCCGCCUGAGCGAGAUUGCAGUCUUCCCGGAGCUGUAGACCCUGUUCUGAAUCGGACACUGGGACGUCUCGCCCUCUCGUGGCACCUGUUGCAGGUGACAGGUAACUCUGGUAGCUCUCCUAUGCUGGUUGCUUUGAAGAAAGAAGACUAGAAGGAAAAAUAGAGAAAGUCAUGUCGGAGAUGCUUGACCUCUCUUUUCUGUCUGAGAUGGAAAGGGAUUUGAUCAUUAGUGUUCUACAACGAGAUGAGGAACUCCGAAAAGCAGAUGAGAAAAGGAUUAGGCGAUUGAAGAAUGAAUUACUGGAAAUAAAAAGGAAAGGGGCCAAGAGGGGCAGCCAACACUAUAGUGAUCGGACCUGUGCCCGGUGCCAGGAGAACCUGGGCCGUUUGACUCCUAAGACCAACACUUGUCGGGGUUGUAAUCACCUGGUGUGCCGAGACUGCCGUAUUCAUGAAAGCAAUGGUACCUGGAGGUGCAAGGUGUGCGCCAAGGAAAUAGAGCUGAAGAAGGCAACUGGAGACUGGUUUUAUGACCAGAAAGUGAAUCGCUUUGCUUAUCGCACAGGCAGUGAGAUAAUCAGGAUGUCCCUGCGUCGCAAACCUGCAGUGAAUAAAAGAGAGACUGUGGGACAGUCCCUCCAUCAUCAGUCACAAAUGGGUGAUGUCUGGCCAGGAAGAAAGAUCAUUCAGGAGCAACAGAAGGAGCCCAGCACGGCUGACUCAGAUAGCACAUCCAGGAGAGACUCUCUGGACAAAUCUGGCCUCUUUCCAGAAUGGAAGAAGAUGUCUGCUCCAAAAUCUCAACUAGAAAAGGAAACUCAAUCUGGAGGUCAAAAUGUGGUAUCUGUCAAUGAGGGUGAAAUGAUAUUCAAGAAGAACACCAGAAAAAUCUUCAGGCCUUCAGAAUAUACUAAAUCUGUGAUUGAUCUUCGCCCGGAAGAUGUGGGGCAUGAAUGUGGCUCCUUGGGAGACAGAAGCAAAUCUGUCCCUGGACUCAGUAUGGAUAUGGAAGAAGAAGAAGAAGAGGAAGAAGAGGAAGAAGAAGACAUUGACCACCUGGUGAAGUUGCAUCGCCAGAAACUAGCCAGAAGCAGCCUGCGAAGUGGCUCCUCCAUGAGUACAAUAGGCAGCACAAUGAGCAUCUAUAGUGAAGCUGGUGAUUUCGGGAACAUCUCUGUGACUGGCAAGAUUUCCUUUUCCCUGAAGUAUGAGCAGCAAACACAGACUUUGGUCAUCCACGUGAAGGAGUGCCACCAGCUGGCUUAUGCUGAUGAAGCUAAGAAGCGCUCUAAUCCAUAUGUGAAGACUUAUCUGCUGCCUGACAAGUCCAGGCAAGGAAAAAGAAAAACCAGCAUCAAGAGGGACACCAUCAAUCCACUAUAUGAUGAGACCUUCAGAUAUGAGAUCCCAGAAUCCCUCCUGGCCCAAAGGACAUUGCAGUUCUCAGUUUGGCAUCAUGGUCGUUUUGGUAGAAACACUUUUCUUGGAGAGGCAGAUGUCCAGAUGGAUUCCUGGAAGCUUGAUAAGAAACUGGAACAUUGCCUUCCUUUGCAUGGAAAGAUCAGUGCUGAGUCCCCGACUGGCUUGUCAUCACACAAAGGCGAGUUGGUGGUUUCAUUGAAAUACAUCCCAGCCUCCAAACUCCCUGUUGGAGGUGACCGGAAAAAGAGUAAAGGUGGGGAAGGGGGAGAGCUCCAGGUAUGGAUCAAAGAAGCCAAGAACCUGACGGCUGCCAAAUCAGGAGGGACUUCAGACAGCUUUGUCAAGGGAUACCUCCUUCCUGCGAGGAACAAGGCCAGUAAGCGUAAAACUCCUGUGAUGAAGAAGACCCUGAAUCCCCACUACAACCAUACAUUUGUCUACAAUGGUGUGAGGCUGGAAGAUCUACAACACAUGUGCCUGGAACUAACUGUGUGGGACCGGGAGCCCCUGGCCAGCAAUGACUUCCUGGGAGGGGUCAGGCUGGGUGUUGGCACUGGGAUCAGUAAUGGGGAAGUGGUGGACUGGAUGGACUCGACUGGGGAAGAAGUGAGCUUGUGGCAGAAGAUGCGACAGUACCCAGGGUCUUGGGCAGAAGGGACUCUGCAACUUCGUUCCUCGAUGGCCAAGCAGAAGACGGUUUAUGAGUUGGCCAGAGAAAGUCAGAGGAAGUGAAGAAACCAAGAGUAAAGAUUUAUAAUUUAAUAUGUGUAUUAUGUCUAUGUGUAUACAAAUAUGUAUUUCUAUAAAUCUCACUGUGCUAGACUUCUCCCCUUUUGAAAACAGGUUCAAGAAUAAGGGUCUCUUUAAUGUUUUUAUUUGUGCAGAAGCUAGUAUACUUGCAAAGUCCAUUCUUAUAUCUCUGAGUUUUAAUUAACUUCUAAAAUGUUUUAAAAUAACUCUUUAUCUCCUGUCUUACUAUCCUUGUUCCUACUUCCCUAGGAAGCCCUGGCUGCCUCUGGCAUUAGUAAGAAUCUAUGUUUAAAUGUGUUCCUGGUCUGAGGUCAAGGAUCUGGGAAGCAGGGUUGGGUUACUAAAGACAGGAGAAGAUGGUAGAAAGGUGAGUAGGUCCUCUCCUUCCUCUCUAAUUUAUGCUUUUAAUGCCUUUUCUACCUUGACAAAUUUCUAGAACUUUGCUUUUUAACUCCUCUUGUUUUUUAAGCAAUUUCCACCUUGCUUGAGUCUAAUGGUUUUUGUGAAAUGGUAAGAAAAUUAUUCAGUUCCUUCUGGUUCUAGACACCUUCACUAUACCUUAUAAUGGGGCUGCUUUUAAAAAAGCACUUUAAUUAAAUAAUAGCCUUUAGACCAAGUCAUGGACAUGAUGGACAUGAGCAGCAAGUAGUUCUUGGUGGUUCCAGAGGACCAGAGUGACUGAGGCUGAAGUGUCUUCCAGUCUGUGUUGAAUUCUUUGCAUUUAAACUGUUACAGUAGUUGUUGGAGAGCUCAUUUCUCUAAUGAAAGGCAAGACAUCUUCAUUCUCAACAUGUACCACAUCUUUCUUAGUGUUUGUGUCCACAAUGUAUUACCACACAGAAUAUGGUCUACAUAUCAUUUUGUCCACCAGAAUAGCCAAGUACUGUGUAAACUGGUCCAGUGUUUCUCCAGGCUGGGCACUGUUAGUGCUCCGAGAUAAUGUAGUCUGAAUUCUUUCUUGAAAUGGUUUCAGAUCUUUUUUUUUUUCUACUGUUUUCCUAAUCUUGACCUAGAUGUAAGAUGUAACAGGGGAGUGAUAUGUUGAGACCUUUCUAAGAAGGAUUUUAAUGAGCUAAGGUUCAUUUUCUAAAACUUACUGUUCCAAACUGACCUUUUUAUUCUUCCAUAUGUAUCUACACAGUCAUUUGUGAAAGAAGUCUAUACCGGAGAAGAAAUACCUGUCAGGGUAAUCAUGUGCUCACUCACUGACUCUCCUAUAUAUAUGAACUGAAUGGAGGAGUGUUUUUAAAAGGUUUAUUUGGUGUGGGUUGAUAUUGUAAUGGAAGGCAAACUUGGGAUACUGUGCUGUAACUUGCUCCUUUGUUCUCUAGCCCCUGAAAUAUACUUGUUCUUCAAUAAAGUGUUCUCACUUGUUAAGUGUU